AGUCAGCCCUGCCCUCGCCCAGCUGCCAGGGCCCCUCUCCCGAUGCCACCGGGCUCCUAGUCAGCGCUGCCUGGCACCCAGCCCGCCCGGCCGCUCCGCCGCGGGGCUGCUGCCGCUGGGAGCCGCUGCUCAGGGGCGGCCGCGGCUCCGCACUAGAGCGCCGCGGGGAGCAGGGCCAUGGGCCUGGCCGCGGCCAGCUCCGGGGGCUCCAGGCCCGGCACGAACAGGGAGAUGCAUUAAGAUUAUCAACAGAGGAACACUGGAAACUUCAGCAUCAGAAGAUGCAUGCAAAGCACGAUGGCCACGAAUCUAUGCAUAUGGAGAUGGUUCUUAUUCUCAUUGCAACCUUGGUAGUGGCACAGAUUGUACUAGUUCAAUGGAAGCAAAGGCACUGCAGGUCAUACAAUCUGGUAACCCUCCUGCAGAUGUGGGUUGUUCCUUUGUAUUUCACCAUCAAACUUUACUGGUGGCGAUUUCUGUCAAUGUGGGGAAUGUUCUCAGUUAUUACCAGUUACAUCAUCUUCAGAGCUACCCGCAAACCUCUCUCAGGCAGAACAGCACGGUUGGUCUACAAGUGGUUUCUUCUUAUCUAUAAACUGAGUUAUGCAAUUGGAAUUGUAGGUUAUUUAGCUAUAAUGUUUACCGUGUUUGGAUUUAAUUUAUCCUUUCGAAUCAAGACUGAAGAUUCCAUGGAUUUUGGUGUGAUAUUGCUGUUUUAUGGACUCUACUAUGGAGUGAUGGGAAGAGACUUUGCAGAGAUUUGUUCUGAUUACAUGGCUUCCACUAUAGGGUUUUAUAAUGUCAGUGGGAUGUCUACAAGAAAUUUGUCCAACGACAUCUGUGCAGUCUGUGGACAAAAAAUCUUUGUGGACAUAAAUGAGGAAGGGAUAAUUGAAAAUACCUACCAGCUGUCAUGCAAUCAUGUAUUUCAUGAAUUUUGCAUCCGAGGUUGGUGCAUUGUUGGCAAAAAGCAGACUUGCCCAUACUGCAACGAGAAAGUUGAUUUGAAGAGGAUGUUAAGUAACCCGUGGGAGCGUACACAUGUUUUGUAUGGGCAACUGUUGGAUUGGCUCCGCUAUCUGGUGGCCUGGCAACCAGUUGUUAUAAGAAUAGUCCAAGUCAUUAACUAUUCGCUGGGCUUAGAAUAGGGAGCCUCAGAUGGACCUCUCUGAUGUUACAGCAAUACUACAUUACUUGAACAGCAAGAAAUUUAAAACAUUUCUGAUUUUCUCAAAGUGUGCAUGGAAAGGGUCUCCUUGAAAGGAACAUUUAUGAC